UUUCACCUCUAACUAUUUCUUACUCUUCUCAGUUCCAAUUUUGCUAUGGCUUUUCUAACUUCUCUUAUAGCUUCCCUUUUACUUGUUGGGCUGCUAAUCCAAAUUUCAGGAGCGCAGCCUAUCGGAGUAUGCUAUGGAAAAAUUGCCAAUAAUUUACCAUCAGAUCAAGAUGUCAUAAAAUUAUAUAAUGCUAAUAACAUCAAGAAAAUGAGAAUUUACUAUCCAGAUACAAAUGUCUUUAAUGCCCUCAAAGGAAGUAACAUUGAAAUAAUUCUUGAUGUCCCAAAUCAAGAUCUUGAAGCCCUAGCCAAUCCUUCAAAUGCCAAUGGUUGGGUUCAAGAUAAUAUAAGAAAUCAUUUUCCCGAUGUUAAAUUCAAAUAUAUAGCCGUUGGAAAUGAAGUUGAUCCUGGUAGAGCUAGUGGUAAAUAUGCACGAUUUGUUGGUCCAGCAAUGGAAAAUAUUUACAACGCGUUAUCAUCAGCAGGAUUGCAAAAUCAAAUCAAGGUCUCAACCGCGACAUAUCUAGGGCUCUUAACCAACACCUACCCACCUAGAGAUGGCAUUUUUCGCGAAGAAUAUAAAAGUUUCAUUAAUCCUAUAAUUGGAUUUCUAGCAAGACAUAAUCUUCCACUCUUAGCCAAUAUUUACCCUUAUUUUGCCCAUGCUGAUGAUAAUGUUCCUCUUUCUUAUGCACUUUUCAAGCAACAAGGGCUAAACGAUGCAGGAUAUCAAAAUCUUUUCGAUGCCCUUGUGGAUUCAAUGUAUUUUGCUACGGAGAAACUUGGAGGACAAAAUAUUGAGAUUAUUGUAUCGGAAAGUGGUUGGCCUUCUGAGGGACACCCUUCAGCAACUCUAGAAAAUGCGAGGACUUAUUAUACAAAUUUAAUUAAUCAUGUGAAAGGAGGGGCUGGAACACCAAAGAAACCUGGAAAGACUAUAGAAACUUAUUUAUUCGCGAUGUUUGAUGAAAAUAGAAAGGAUGGAAAACCAAGUGAGCAACAUUUUGGACUAUUUUAUCCUGAUAAGAGGCCAAAGUAUCAACUCAAUUUUAAUUAAUGAUAGCAUAUUAUAAUUAAUAUAUAGAUAUUUUAUAUUAUAUAUGAAUAAUAAGGAGAAAUGGUAUGUUUUUAUCUUCA